UCUACUCACUCAACACUUACUUUUUCUUUUUUGACACAUUUUCCGGGAAAAAAAACAAAUUCCAGAAAAAUUCCAACAACCUCGAACUAAACAAUGCGAGCUAAAACGCCACCGUCACCGUAACAGAGACAAAGAGAUCUCCGCUGUCUGAUCUUACUACUGAAACUCUCCCACCUGCCCGAUCAUGACAACCAGCAUCCACGUCACCGCCUUGGACAGCGUCGUGAACGUGAACUCCCUCUUCACUUUAGCCGUCUUCAUCGGCCUAGCCUGGAACCCUUACGAUUCCAGCAACACCCUCGUCAACCCAGGCAGCCCAUGUUUCUCGAACUCGAGAAUCGCUGAAGACUUGAUAAAGUUCCACGUCUACUCCUUCAGCUCCUUCCUCUUCUCCAGCCUCGGCUUAGCUCUCAAGCAAGCUAUCAAGAUCUCCAAGUCCCAUGCUUUGAACAUCCACAUUAACUUCCGAGGAGCUGAGUUGUUGGAACACGUUGAUGUUAAUAAGUCGUUGCUUCGUGUCGGGAUGUUGGUUUCGGGUGCUGGGUCGGUGGCUGGAUGUGUGUUUUUGAUGUUGGCUUUGGUUAAUGUUGUUCAGAUCAAGGUUGGGACUUUGGCUUGUGGGAGUGGACAUGCGUUUGCGGCGGUUGUUCCUCUUGUUAUUUUGGUCCCGCUUGCUCUUUUGAUCUAUGUUUGUGUUGGACUCUAUGCUUUUACUCGUUAAGGUUUAUACUUUCUUGUUGUAUUAUGUAGGUGGAAUUAUAGCAGAAUGAAGGGAAAAGACUGAACUUUGAGACGUUGGGUGGUUUCUUAGUUAUUGUUGCUGUUUGUUGUAUGAUCUAGGUGGUAUUAUACUGAAUCAAGGAGAAAAAAAAGUUUAAAAUUUGAGAAUGUUGAUCUUUUUUUUUCUUGGAUUUUUAAAUUUUAAUGUUUCUGGGUAUGUUUUGUUGUAUGAUCUAAGGUGGAAUGGAAUUAUAAUGGAACAAGGCUACAAAGAUU